AUGGAACAUGCUUCACCAGAAGAGUACGACGACCACGCCAGCGACGCUGAGUCGGCCGGCGACGACCACGAUGUCAAGCUCGAGUCCGACGCCUCGCCUGCUGCCACUGGGAGUGCCGUGAGCAAAAAUGCGCCGGCUGUCAAAGCGCAUCUGCAAAAGCGGCGGAGAGUCACCCGCGCGUGUGACGAAUGUCGGAGGAAGAAGAUCAAGUGCGACGGCAAGCAGCCCUGCACACACUGCACGGUCUACAGCUAUGAAUGCACCUAUGAUCAACCAUCCAAUCGACGUAGAAACCCCGCGCCCCAAUAUGUUGAGAAUCUUGAACAUCGAGUGCACCGUGCGGAGUCUUUGCUACACAUCCUGAUCCCAAACCUCGACCUGAAUGAUCCUGGCAUCGACGCAGCGGUUGCUCAAGGUUGGAUCCCUGGCGCACCGGGCAAAGGCCACCCCACAGCUGCACAACCACCAACACCGGCGCGGCCUCCUCCAGCACCAGCAGCCGCAAAUGCAGAAAAGAAGCCUGAUACCAACCUGGAGUCAAUGGUUCGCGCUGUUGCCCAGCUUGACAUGGAUGAGACGGGUCAUUGGGACUACCACGGCCACUCGUCAGGACUGAGCUUUGUAAGAAGGAUGCGAGAGCAAUUGGGCGAUUUGAUGGGUCCAGACACUCAAGCAACUCCAUUUGUGAAGACAAGGCCCAUGUCUCAGGUCCUUGACUCCCCCAAAUCUUCCGCUGGAUCGCCAAUGGGUGGUGACCUGUCUUCUGUGACUGCUCAGGACCUACCUCCAAAGGACAUCGCUCGAACUCUCUGUGGACUUGCUAUCAACGACGCCGCUGCGCUCUUGCGCAUGGUACAUCAACCAACGUUCUGGGCCAGCUUCGAACGCUUGUACAACAUGUCACCUGACCACUACACCAACGAAGACAACACCUUCCUGCCCUUGUUCUACAGCGCACUCGCACUAGGCUCCCUGUUUGGAAAGGAUACUAACGAUGACCAUUUGCAUCGAGAAGGAUACGAAACCGCAAUCCAGCAAGGCUUCUCCUACUUCAAGAUUGCCCGACAGAUGAUGGACAUUGCCGAUUGCAGAGACCUAUCUUCCAUCCAAGCAGUCGUUUUCAUGAUACUGUUCCUACAGUCGUCAGCCAAGAUGUCGCAAUGCUACGCAUAUGUUGGUGUCGCCUUGCGAUCGGCACUUCGGAUGGGAUUGCACCGCGCUGCGGCUGGGAAGUUCGAUCCUGUCGAAGCAGAGACUCGCAAGAGGGUGUUCUGGAUCGUACGGAAGAUGGAUGUCUAUGUUGGCGCAAUGCUUGGACUGCCCCAGACUUUGAGUGACGACGACAUCGACCAGGACUUUCCUGCAGAGGUUGACGAUGAGUACAUCACCAGAGACGGCGUACUGCCAAUGCCGGACGGAGUUGUAUCAUUGAUGACGGCUUUUAACUCCCACACUCGCCUGGUCCAGAUCCUCCAAAAGAUCGUUCGCAAGAUCUAUCCAAUAAAGGUGCAGAGCCCACAGAGUCCUGGGGACAAGUCAUACUCGAUCCCGUUCUCGACCAUUCGCGAAAUCGAAAGCGAUCUGGAGGAAUGGAAGAACAACCUGCCGCCCAUUUUCAGUCCCUGCGAAGCGCCAGCUCGCUACACGAGAAUACAACAGCUCCUCCGCCUCUCGUAUGCCCACGCCCAGGUUCUCUUAUAUCGGCCCUUCUUGCACUUCACUGCAAUGGACAAGAGGUCAAAACCCGUCGAUCAAAGAGCUUACGCCUGUGCUGCAUCUUUCGUCAACGUCUCGCGGAACAUCGUCCACAUCGCUUCUCAGAUGAAUCAAAAAGGUCUUCUCAAUGGUGCUUUUUGGUUCAUCAUGUAUACAAACUUUUUCUCCAUCCUCGCGCUGGUGUAUUUUGCAGCAGAAAAUCCGGACAAUCCCACUACGGAGGCAGUGAUGAAAGACGCCAUUGAGGGCAAGGACGUCCUCGCGGCGCUGGCAACUCGAAGCAUGGCGGCUGAUCGAUGUACGGCGACUCUGAACAUUGUCUUCUCGCGGCUUCCAACAUGGAUGCGGGAGGGCAAGCAAAACCCGGGGAUCACCAAGAAACGGCCAUUUGAUCAGAGUACAGGUGCUUAUCCGCCAGCGCACGUGCAGGCUUCGCGUAGCCACCCUGACGUCUCCAGCGGUGGACAGGAUCUUUUGCAGAGUGGCAAGCGAGCAAAUACGUAUCCCAACGGGCCUAUGGCAGCAACUACGAACGGUACUUCGUCUCCCUUUGAAAGCUCCUGGUCGCAGUCUGCUUCUUCGUAUGGGGGCCCACAGACGCCAACGACAUCAACCUUCGAGACGGCGAGUUAUUCGUCAGCAAAUCAGAGGAGUGUAUCGCAUCCCCAAAGUAAUGGCAUGCCUUCGCAGUAUGCUGUACCGCCGAACUUUGCGAACCCGCAGCUCACGGAUCUGUCGUCGAUGAUGUUUCCAACUGCGGAUGAGCCUUUUGUCUACCCAAACCAACCACUGACGACGUUCGAAAACAAUCAGUACGCCAAACAGAACUCCUAUAUGAACGCCCAGCACCCCUACAAUGGUGCCGAAGCAGCAAGUCCUGCAGGGUCACAAACAAGAGGUCGGGACGAAAAUAUAGAGGCUCAGUUCUUCGCGCUGCCGCCAUACAUCAAGCAGGGUCACCAACAACAGGCGAUCCCACAACACAUGCAUCCCCAAGCACGCGGCAUGGCCUACUCUCAAGCCAUUCCGUACUCCAACGGACAGCCCACGAGCGCCGCGCAGGCAAUGCAGAUGCCCAAUGGCAACUGGGCGGGCCAGCAACAGCCAUACCAGCAGGACAUGUCGAACAUCAACAUUCAAGACCUCUUUGGCGGCACAGAAUGGAAUCCAAUGUUUCAGCACCCUGGAUACCAGGCUCAACGAUGA